UAAAGUCAGCUGAACAAUGCACCUUUAUUUAUUUAUUGUGUUGAAAUAAUUUACCCAUUUGCGUAUUAUUAACAUAUAAACCUUGUUGAUCUAAUGUUUUAUAUAAAGGAAGUGAAAUAUUUUCUUUUAAUAUUUAAUGUAAUUACGUUGUGAUUUGUGUUUAGUUAAUAUAAAAUGUUUGGAAGACCAAGAUGCAGAGAGUGGACACCUCUAACGACUCAACAACUUCGUCUCCGUAGUUUAAUUCAGAUUGUAGGAUAUAACAUAAGGCCACCGGAGAGGUGUACACUUCAAUGUAGUUACUAUCUUACACUGCAUCAUACUACAAUGUCGGCACCAUUCUACACUAGUGAGAGGAUUUGCUCACCUCAUCCUAAGUGGAAAGAAAUUGAUUCUGAAAUAACGCAUCGUAUGUCAUCAACAAACGUAGUUAUUCGGAUAUGGUGUCAUAUUCUCAUGCCUCCAUGUAAAGAUGACGAGGAGAAAUGCGAACAAGUGCAGGAUACUGUCAUUCAAACGUGGGGUGUAUAUUUUAGUGGGCUCAGAUAUAUAGGGGCUAAUUUAGCUUUAAAUUUUACCUCAGAUUGCUUCAAAAGCAACACUCUGGUAUUCCAAAUGCACGGUGGUUACUUUUGUUCGUAUAAGAGUUUGAAAUUGGAUGUAAUACCGCCAGAAAAUGAAUUAGAACAAGGUUCUCUCUCGUCAGACUCAUCGGUCAAAACGAAUACAUCAAAGAUAACCUUAGAAUCAAAAGUUUUACAAAGUCACAGGAUCACAAAUGAAUCCAGGUCGCUAUCACCGGCUAGAUUUUCAAAGAAGUCCGAAAAGGAAUAUUCAAAAAGUCACAGUCCUGUCGAAAGAGGUUUCAAACAAAAUAUUCCUACUGUAAGAUCUUCGUCGAGUUUAAAUAUGUCUUUAAAUCAUAGAGAGAGUAGAAGAGACAAAAGUACUGAACAGAAAACAGUAGAUCCAAACCAUAUAUAUGAACAUUCGCCCGAUAAUAUAGAUGUUAGAGAAUUUACAACCAGUGAUCUCAACUGUGAUAAAUCGGCUUCCCAAGAGGAGCUAUCGAAUAAAGUAGACUUGAGCGAGACGGCCGAAAGUUACGAUUUACGCAAUGAAUCAGAUGGAGCGCCAAAAUAUAGAUAUUUGGCGCUGAGUUUCCUCAAAUCGGAAAUUAGGCCGAGUUACAAUGCAACCAAGUUGCAAAAUCUUCAUUUACUACAGUAUUCAAUAAAAAAACGACAAGAAGCGGUCCAGGAAAUAAAGGAAAGGAUAUAUAAGAAAUCAGCUUUAAGCGAGAGCUGGUCUUCCGAUUUUGAAUUAAAACUUAAGGGUAAAAGUAGGUCUCAGAAGAAUUUGUUUUCGCCUGACGAAAGUGAAGGUUUGAAAGAAAAAUCGUCUUCUCAGAGUGAUUUGACUGUUAAAAAUGGUAAAAUAAAAGAAGAAAAAACACCGGUUUCAAACGGUCCACGGUUGACUUUAAAAUUAAAUGAUCUUUUAUCCUAUAAGUCUAAACCUUCUCCAUAUCAAAGAGCAGAAUAUGUUAGACUAACAAAACAAUUAGAAAUAUUACAUUUCAAAAGACUUAUACUUUCGGAUGAGAGAGAUAGCAAAUUAGCAAAUAUUAGAAGAUUAAAAGAGAAACACGCUAAGUUAUUUGAAGAGAAUCAAGAUGUUGGUACAGAGUUGAUGCAAAACUAUCACACGCUUUCUCGUCGUACUGAAGCGUUGAAAGAGACAAGAGAGUCGUGUUAUGCGCUAAGAGAACUCGCGGCGAGAUCCCACGCUGCUUUAGCGAGUUACAGAAGCGUUUUACUAAUGCAAUUGUCUAAGAUCUUCUACAUAGAUCAGCAAGACGCAACAAAUUGGUCGAUAUGUAACGUGCCUCUACCGAUAUGCGGCGAUGAGAAUCCUCGAGUUUCGAAUCCGGUGGCAGAUUCUGUCGCGGCCGGUUUCGUAGCCCAGGCGACAUCCCUAACCGCGGCGAUAUUGAAUCAACCUUUACGUUACAAGGUCACGUUACUCGGAUCAGCGAGUAAGAUAUUGGACAUCACACCGGACUUACCGGAUCCAAAUAUACCACUAUUCGCAAGGGGUGGUGAUAUAACACUAUUCCGUUACGCGAUGUUUCUCCUAAACAAGUGCAUUGCACAGCUUCUCUGGGGGAGAGGUUUGUCUGUGCAUGACAUGAGGCCAACGCUGGCUAACUUGCAACGAUUGUUGACGACGCCUAGUAACCUAACCGACACAUCAAAGUUAUUCGGCACUUAUCGAUGGCUGGCUGACAGUCUGUGCCCAAGGACGCAGUCUCUACGGAGUCUCGUGCCAUCGGAGAGGGGGAAAUUUAGGCAAUUCAAUAGGUUUAAGGAAUCAGUCGAUAGUCACACACCACAGAAGACAGCCAUCAUCAAGAGGCAUAAACAUUCUAGAAGUGUUGGAAGCUAUCACGAAGAUCAGGAUUUAUCACUUAACGAUUCGACAAUGUCGAUAAUGGGAAGCGAGUCAAACAUAUACAACAUGAAAUUAACGAAAUCGGAAUGUUCUCAAAGUUUAAAACCUCAUAACUCCGACUCAGAAAUAGCGAAACUAACAGAACAAUUCACAGAAAGUAAAGUACAGUUCACACUGGGCGACGACGACGUAGCGGACGAGAAAUUAGUAAGAAUAUCAAGCAAUAACGACGACGAGAUCACAUGUACAUCAUGUCUGGACGAAAACGUUAAAAGGAUAUGUUCGGAAAUAACCGAUUUCUGUUCGAAUUCAAGCAAAAAAAGUUACGAUUUCCCUAAAAACGAUAUAGAUAUAGCUAAAUAUAUGGAAAGGAAAGUUAGUGUUGAAAUAGAAGAUGUUGAUAUAUCUUGUGAUACUUGUGAUAAUAAUAAGAGUGGAGUCUGCGAUAUAGCGUGUGCUAAUAACGUGAGGGAUGUCAUCGUUAUACCGAGCGCGGAAGCCAUUUUGGAUACGGGGCAAAGUUUGAAUUUGGAAGAGGAACAAAACGGUUAAAAUUUCAGUUAUGUGAUAUAAAAACGGUUUGUAACGGUUUCUGUUUUUUUUUUUAAAUAUAAUUCGUGUAAGACGAACGACGUUUUUUAAGUUCCAACAUAAUCGUUAUUGAAAAUUUUAGAAAAGAAAGUAAUUUGAGUAAUAUAUGAAUUGGCAUGUUUUGUUUUUACUCUUAUUUCCAUUUUUUGUUACUGAUAACACUAAAGUUCGUCGAUAGCUGAUAAACAAAAGACAAUUGUUUGUUAAACAGAGUAAACAAUGCAUUGAACUGUUUUUUCUUUGCCUAUUUAUAUAUAUAGCGUUAUAGAUAUUAUUUAUUGGCUUUUUUUCAAUUAUGUAAUAGCAAAAUUAUCCUAUUUGCAAUAUGAUCUUUGAUGUGUCCUUGUCUCUAUACAUAUACAUAUACUGACUCACUAAAUAUUCAUAAAAAAAAAACUUUAGCGGAGAAUAAUUUAAAUUGUGGGUAUGGUACCAACUUAUAAAGUUAUAUAUAUAUAAAUCUCUGCGGACAACUUAAUAUAAAAGUAAUCAGUUGGUUUACUCUUAAACUUCAAAUUAACAUAGCAUAAACAAAUUUUUAAGAUUAAUUUUUUUAAGUAGCUUUUUUGCUCUUAAUUUUAUCCUCAUUUUUCUUGCAAGAUUUCAUAUUUCAAAAUAAAUAACAUUAAUAUCGUUCUAUAUAUAUAUAUAUGUAAAAAUAUAUUAAAAUAUAAAUAAAUACCUCUAAAUCAAAAACGCGACAUUUCAAAAAAAUAAAUUCGACACGAAAGAUGAAUGCAGUGUUGAACAAAAAGUAAUAAUUAACGAUUACAGUAUAAAUAAAGUAAUCAAAACAAGUAAAGUGAGUGAGUGAGUCGAGUAACUGUCCCAGGGCAUCCUCGUCCUCUUCGGAAACCAUCAAAUCUAAUCUGUAAUCGUGAUUGUUGAUUACACUUUGCAAUUGUAAUCGGUAAUCAUUAAUCUGAUUACAUUUUGCCUAAGUCAGCACGAAAGGGACAAAAUGGAGCACAUGCGAGAUGGAAACCAUAUACCACACCACUUACCACCAGUAUGGGAUACCAUAAUUUGGCAAUUCGGAACACUAGUCUUACCGUUGAAAUGAUUAGAAGCAAAAUUAAUUAUAGAUAAAUCAUUCAUUACCAUCUACUACAAAAUGUAAACACGAUAUUUAUCAACUAGUUUUAAAAUGAAUUGUUAAAUAAAAUAAAUAUAUCGGCUGUGUUUCGUGUAUUAAUUUAUUUAUAAUAAACGAUAAACGAUUUUCUAAACGUA